UCGGGAGGGGGAGAACCCUGCAAGGGCAGCAGUCACUUUCACGUGGUUGCUGUUUAUAUGAGGCCGCCGGUAGCAAGCAGAUAUCACAGUUGCUCAUCAGCCAUAGUCCGAUCACCAUGGACUUCCACCGGAUGCUCUUGCUGUUGUUAUUAGUCGUUGCUGGAGUUACAGGACAGCCCCAAUGGCAACGUCAAUCGACCUUAUCUUCUCCUCUGUCGAUGGGGAUGAGAUUCCUCGACAACAUCCGCUCAGGGAUGACGAGGACUAUUGGAAGGAUAUUCGGAAACGGGCCCCAGCAGGGAAAGGAGGUCAAUCAGGUCCGCCCUGUGAGGCAGCACCUCCCACCUCCCCCUUCAGUACCUCCACCACAGGCAGCACCUCCAGCGCACGUCCAUGUCGGCACUGAGGCUCCGUCGUCAUUCUUCACUGUUUUACACGAACCAGGCCUUUCGACUCCCUUCCCCGACACUCAUGGCUUCACUGAUGAGAGUUUCAAACCCAGUGACUUCUUCACGGGCAAUAGUCCCUUCCAGGGUAAUGUAGAGGAAGAGCAUUUGUCUUUCCAAAAUAACGAAGUCAGCAGCCCUCAAGUAAGUGGUGGGAAAGGGCCACCAGGACCAUCUUUUGCUGUCUUUCAAGAAGGAGAGUCCCUCCCUGCCCAUGGAGAGGUAUUCCAGUCAUCGUUCCCAAAACAUCCAGCCUUUGAUGACGUAGGUACAUCCAUUCCUUUUGGCAAUGUCAACCAAUUCAACCUAGGACAAAGCUUUCGCCAGGAGCCUUCAGACUUUUCCCCGGAACCAAAACCGACUGUUUCAUUAGACCUGCUCGUCAGAGAGGAACAACCGAAGCAUGAAUCGCGCCCAGCUAAACCAGAAGCUCAGAGCCAUCAGCAUGUUUUUCUUGCCAGUAGAGCAGAUCAUCCUCAAGAGAAGGUGAAACCGUUUACUGUCCAAAAGGCCAAGAGCUCUUCACCCGUCCCAUCUUCAAUCACGACACCGUCACAUUUUUCCACUUCUAGUAGGCCCACGACAUCAGUUCAGACUAGCAGUCACCCUACCUCCAAACCUCCUCGAGAGUACACGACCUUCCAGGUAAUCCAGGAAGACAAACCCUUAACCCGCGAAAACACUGCUGCCACCAUUUCCAGCACAGUCACCAAAGAGCCCUCGUUCCUGCGAAAGCCAAGUGGUCAUACAAACACAGGUACUAAAAUACGUAUCUCCCCGAAGUCUGACAGCGAUGUAGAGGAGACUGGGGUCAGCAGCUAUGAAUUCGGUUACGGUGUCUUAGACAACGACUCUGGGAACCAGUACUUCCAUGCUGAGAAGCGUGAGGAAGGUCUGACAAAAGGUUCCUACAAAAUCCAGUUAGCAGACGGUCGCGUUCAGACUGUCACUUACUUGGCUGACAGCAAGGGCUUCCACCCACAGAUUACCUACGAAGGGGAAGCUAGGUAUCCUGACGACAAAGAAUACGAAGACACUUCUUGAAUUUAGGUUAACGCUUGCAUGGUGCACCAAACGUAGCUCUUAGGAUAGUCGUACCUUACCACUGAUGGUGAUCUCUUGAAUCCGUACGGAAUUGAAGGUGGAAUCUAAGUGAUCGAUGCAGUCUCUGUAGACUGUUUUGUUUGGAGAAUUCCGCCUGGCUGUUACGUCUGAACGUGAUUGUUCAUUUUAUGAUCAAUUACUUGCCUCAAAAACUCAUAAUCAGUACUCGAGGCCCUAGUAAAUGUCUACUUGAAGAAUUAAGUUAUUUAAAUAUUAUUUUAGAUUAAGAUUACAAGUACUGUAGUAGUUGUCCUUUUGCUGGCAAAUGGACUUGUAUCUCUCAAUGUCUAUAUUUUGUAAUAAAAAUUAAAAGGAAAAA